UAAUGGCUGAAAAACAAGUUCAAAUGGAGGCUGACGAGCAAAAAAAAAUAUUCAAUAAAUUACAAAACGAUCUUGAUGAUCAAUUUAGUACUUUAACAAAGGAGGAAAAAGACAAAGUUAUUAAUUAUUUGCAAGCAGUGAAAAAUUCGUUAACGAAACAAAGUCCGGUUGCUCCGGUUGGUGACGUAGAAAAGCUACGUUCUUUCCGUUCUUUGGCACGUCGAGGAACUUCUCGUAAUUUUCUAUUUCCUUUUAUUUAA